UUUUAAAUAAACAGGGUGCUCUGUAAAUGGGGUAUGCGACAGAACUUUCUUAUUUUUAAAUGGAACACCCUAUAUUUUAAUCCAUUCUAUCGUUCUAAAAAUCCUACAUACUUUUUGUUAGGAAUCAUCAUACCAAAACUCAACCGUUUUUAAAAUAUUUAAUAUUUUUUCAAAAAAUCGCAGCUUGCAUGUGUCAAAAAACAACAUAUUUCAUCCAUUGGAGAUCCUAUAAGCUAAAUCUUUUGCAGGUUGUUAGUGCAUAAUGUCUGUCAAUUUUAAUCCGAUACUCCAACGGAAUUUCUGCUGGUGCCUUCCUACAUUAGAACGCCAAUGGUUACCUGACGCCACACCUGUUUUUGCCAUAUGGAAUACCCCCUCGCUCCUCAUAGUUCUCAUUCGGAAAGUGUCAGUUUAAAAAUGACGGACUUUAUUUACAUUUACUUCAUGGUCCUAUGAAAAUCUGUUAACAUUCUACAGGGUGUUAGCAAUACUGUACACAAAACCAGACAUUUCAAACAACCAUUUGUAUAGUAGUAAGUACGCAAGAUUGUUUGAGAGAGGUAGGUUUCCUGAUAACUUUAUGACGUCAUCUGGGGUGCUUCAACAUAAUGCAAAUCUGCAUAAGGCCCCCAGAUGCGUCAUGAAGUUACCCAUUACCAGACAACCUAUGAACUUUAGGAACCUUGGUAGGUAACUCGGUACUGGUGAGCCUAUCAUAUUCAUAUAAUGCCUUUAAUCCUUUACUUUGUAGACCUUGUCUUUUGUUGAAAUUUUGUUGUAACUGAUAAAUUAAAAAAAAAAAAAACUUUUCUGGUGGGGUAAUUACCCCCUCUACCCCCCCCUUUAAACCGCCCUUGCCCCUCGCCACAACCUAUGUAGGGCCCCCCGAACAUAUUUUUUGGGUGCGCCAUUGUUUCUUCCAAUUUAUAUCUGAAAUACUUACAUAGUACAACUUUACCUAGGAAUAAAAUAUCAAUCUGACAACACUGGUAACAUAUUUAUUUAGUACAAACAAUAAAUGGAGAUUGAUUUGACAACGUUCAACUAAGUUGUCAUAGACGUAUAAACCAAUCAAAAUCGUUUCUGAAUAUUCAAAAUUUCAAUAAACAUUUGGCAAGAGCCUUCUAGAUACACUUUCUUAUGGAAAUUCUACAAACUACACAUUUUUUUCAAACCUCUACACUUUCUUAAUAGUAAAAAAUGGACUUAUUAUUUCAAUUUCUAUUAACUUAUAUAAGUAUACAAUAUAGAUAGAACAGAGUGCGUUCCAUUUGUGUAAUUUUUUCUAUUGAAGGUUGACUUGUUCGUGCAUUAAAUCAAAACACACCAGUACGCACUAAUUAAAUUAGCAUUUAAACCAUGAAGAAAACAAACAACACAAUGUCAAUAUUAACACUAUUUUUCCUAGCAAAACCAACAUAGUAUAGAUAAAACAAAACCAUAUUUUAUCAUUUUAUUUAUUCAGAUAAAUGAGGCAAUAAAUGAAUGAAUCACAAAAAAAAAAGGGGCCACUUACCUGAACUAUAAAUAAACAACUCGCAAGCCAACCUAUUGGUCCCCAUACACCUGAAAAUAAUGUCGUAGGUCUCUAGGGCUUUCAAAUGCACCCCAGAUGGUAAAGCUGGAUGCAUACAUUGGGCUAGUCUUUUGCUGAUUUUUAUUCUACGUGGUAUUACAGGGAAUUUUGUGUAGCUUAACAACACCUGGAAUAAUUUUCUAAUUACAAUUCAUUAAUUAAUAGUUGGACAAUUACCUUGUUUAAUUUUCCUAGGGCUGAAAUAAGGUCUGCCCAUUCCGAAGUGUAAUCGAAAUUUUUAAGGGCCUUAUCGACUGCGGCCACGUACAUCCGGUAUUUAGAGUCUUUCAUUAGUUCGUAUUCUUCCAUUGUAAUUGUAGUCAUUGUUUUAAACAAAUUGUUAAUUAAAAACUAUUAAUAGUAAUUUUUAUCACACGCACACAAUAACAUUUGACCUGGCCUGUAGUGUUUUAUUUGAACUUAAAUGUACCACAUUGCAACACACACUGAGACUGGGUUUUUCUUUUAAUUUGUAAUCACAUUUUUUAUUAUUAUUAAUUAAUUAAUAAUUAUUAUUUAAACAAUAUACAUUAUUAUACAUUUGAGUUGUCACCAAUUUGCAAUUUGUUGACAACACACUGACAGCUGCCAAAAAAAAUAAACAAACUCUAUUGGUUAAAUGUUUGUCAAGUAUUUUUAUCUUUUUCUAUUUGAUGCUUAUGAAAGGAGAUGAAAAAUGUUUACUCAAAAUGGAAACAGCUGAUUUGUGUGCCAUUUUUAAAAACCCUUUUAAUAUUGAAAAUAAAUUAGUUUUAAUACAAUAAAAUUGUUGUUUUUUGAAUAAACAAAAGGCCUAAAGACGUUUAAAAAGGGAACAUUUUUAUUUAUUUAAGAUCAAUUUCAACUUGGCAACACUGUAUUAUAAAGUCAAAUUUGAAUAAUGUAAACAUAACAACAUAACCCUACUUUAAAUUCCUUUUUAUGUUUUUAAAAAGUUUUUCGCGUUUUAGCAAAAAUAUGAGUGUCUUCGUACAAAAACUGAACCCCCUCACCGGUCACAACGACUGGGUGAUCCAAAACGAAGACUACGACUAUCACCAAGAAGUUGCCAGGUCGGCCUUUGCAGACAUGCUGCACGACACCGAAAGAAAUCGACUUUACGAAAAAGCCCUCAAAGUAGCUAUCGAUAAGAUUCACUCUUUAGGCAAAAAGGCCUUGGUUUUAGAUAUUGGCACUGGUACAGGGUUGUUGUCAAUGAUGGCAGUUAGGCAAGGGGCUGACAAAGUUACAGCUUGCGAAGCUUUCAAGCCUAUGGGUCAAUGUGCCUUGAAAAUAAUCGAGUUGAAUGGGUUUAAAGAUUGUAUUAGAGUUGUUUCGAAAAGGUCUACUGAAUUGACAGUGGGGCCCAAUGGGGAUUUGAGUGAGAAAUGUAAUAUUUUAGUUACAGAAGUUUUCGAUACUGAGUUAAUUGGUGAGGGGGCUUUGGCUACUUUUGACCAUGCCCAUAAGUAUUUGCUGGAGAAGGAGUGCGUUGUUGUACCAGAUAAUGCUACAAUAUAUGCACAGGUUGUCGAAUGUCCGCUGGCCCAAAACUGGAACAAACUAAAAGACAUAUACAACGACGACUCAGAAAUCCUUCUGAAAAUCCCACAAUCCAUCAAAAACUGCGCAGGGUCAGCUGCAGUGCACGACAUCCAACUGAGCCAGCUACCCUUAAACUCCUUCAAUACCAUAAUCCCACCCACCCCUGUCUUAAGAUUUGAUUGGUCAGGGAAAACACCCUUUAUCUAUGAAAGAUCUACAAUAAACACCCUCAAAUCCCAACUAGAUGGUACAGCCCAGAUGGUAUUUAUGUGGUGGGAAUUGCAAAUGGACAUUAAUGGAGAUCAUUUGCUUAGUUGUGCCCCUUUUUGGGCCCACCCAAACAAGCAAACAUUACCAUGGAGAGACCAUUGGAUGCAAGCUGUAUAUUAUUUGCCUCAAGAAGUAAAAGUAAAAAAAGAUCAAGAGCUACAUCUUAUAAGCUGUCAUGAUGAAUAUUCACUCUGGUUCAAUUUAACAACAGAUUUGAAGCUUACCAAGACUGAUUAUCUUAAUCCUGUUUGCAACUGUGGCUUACAUAUUGCCUUUUCCAGAACCAGAAUCGGCCAAUUAAAUGAUUCAAAAAGAAACAAAAAAUAUUUACGAAUUUUGGAAGACAACAUCACUCCACAGACUGUUGUUUUGUUUCUAAGCGAUGGAUUCCAUUAUGGGUUGGUUGCUUCUAAAUUAGGCGCUAAAAAGGUGUAUUUUUUGGACACCAAUCUACUCUCUAGAAGGGUAUUGAAGGAAUUUAUCAAUUAUAACAACAUUGAAAAUGCUAUUGUGCUUGAAAAGGCUGAAGACUUAAAAUCAGUUGACUUAAAAACUGUUUCAAUUGUGUUUGGGGAACCGUAUUUCACUAGCACAAUAUUACCAUGGGACAAUUUACUGUUUUUGUAUUUAAGAGACAGUAUUAAGGCUAUUUUGAAUGAAAAUGUACAAAUUUUUCCUAAAAAAUGCAUAGUAAAAGCAGUGGCAGUUAAAUUUGAUGAUUUGCACAAGAUUCGAGAACCUCUUGGCGAAUGUGAAGGGUUUAAAAUGAAAAACUUUGAUGAUUUAAUACAGGAAUCAAGCAAUAUAAGUGACGAUGAUGUUGAGGCGCAACCUCUUUGGGAAUAUCCAGCGGUUGCUUUGAGUAAUGAAGUAAUUAUAGCUGAAAUUGAUUUACUUACUGAACAUCGGUCAAUAUUGGAGGCACAAGGCAAUGUAAAAUUGGAAAAGAAUUUGCCUUGCAAUGGUUUGGCCUUAUGGGUUGAAUGGAGCUUGGAUGAUACCCCAAAAGGCACUGUAACAACAGGGCCUACAGAAUCUAUAGAAAUAGGUAAAAAAAUCCAAUGGGACAUGUAUACCAGGCAAGGAGUUUGCCUAUUUACCAGCAAAUUGGCUCAAACAUUGCAAUAUCAUUUUACUUUUGAUUUCAAAGAUGGGAAUAUUACUUUUAAGUGUACUUAAUAAAAAAUAAAUUGGUUUAUUAAUUAAAUUAAUUAUUACAAGGUCCUGUAGCUCUACAAUUCCUCUUUAAGUACUCUAUAAACAUUGGUAAAACCUUCUCCAAAAUCCUACAACAUUCUCCUUCGGUAUAAUCCAGCUUGUGCUGACACUCUCCUAUGCUAAGCAGUGGACUUUCAUUGAAAGCAUCUACAUCUUCUAUUAAUUCCAGCAUUCUACUUUCGUUCCACUGGGUAGAUUCAUUAGCUGCCUCCCACAGUUUUACUGUGCUAAGGAACAUUGGUUUUUUGAGGGUGAUGAGGUAUUUGCUUAAGAGUGGACGGCAAAUAGGGUCUUCAAGGCAAUUUUUGAUGCGGUCGUUGUAUCUUUCGAUUUGUUGGAGGGUGAAUUUUGGUUCUGCCAUUUAUUUUGCCUAUAAAAAGAUGAUGAUAGAUAAAUUAUUAAAAACAUAUUGAAUAAUGUUGAUGGGAAAAUGUUGGAACUUAUGGAGUGAAAAGAGGAAAAUUAGGAGCUCAUCAUACUAGAAUUUCAAACUUUCCCAGGGAAAAAUACCGACAUGGGAAAUCAAUAGAAAGGUUUGAUCUCUGUCGUCCUAGUAUUUACAUCGCUCCGUCGUUUUUCAUUUUUUUCUUGCUUUCAAACUCAAAAUUAAUUUGUGAAUUUUCGCAACAGUUGUGCUUGGUUUGUGAUCUACGCGUUCUGUGAAUUGUUCGUGUUUUUAACGGCAGCAAAUUGGUUAUUAUUAGUUACUUAUCCCAUUGUUCUCAGUCUGCAUUGCUUCAAAAGUACCAAGGUUACUUGGAUAAAAAAUUGAGGUACCUGUUUAAAUUGUUUGAAUACAUUAUUUGGAUAAAUUUAUUUAAAUUAAAAAAAAAAGGAACUGCAACGAGUGGUAUAGAUUACUGAAAGCAAAAAAAUCUAUAGUGCGUCUUAUCUAAUUUGAGCACUAUUGCCAUAUAUAGCCUGUCCCAUAUUACAUUCAGCUUGCGGCUCAAAUUAUUGAGAACAAUGUCGGCGUGCUCUAAAUGUCGUAUCAAUUUGACAGAUAAAGAGGUGGAUUACAAGAUAAUUUGUGACUUCUGUGGGGCCUGGAAUUGCAUGGCCUGUUCAAGGUUCUCCAUCUCAGAGGCUCAGGUGACCCGGUUAAAAUCCAGAGUAAUGCUUUAUGCAUGCAGUGGCUGUGUAAAUUCCGUGAAGUCGCUUGGUAAUGAUGUUGGCGGCGGCUUGAAAGUGCUAAUCAGAAAUAUCACCAGUGAGGUGUGUGACACCACACACUCUACACUAAACUUGCAACUAAUUAUGAUGAUUUAAAGUUGAAACUGGAUGGUGUUACUGACAGUGUUGGAGAAAUCAAAGCCACUCUUUCUUCACUGGAAAAGCCAAACACUUCUGCAGUCAAUAAUAUUUCGGAAAUAGACAAUACUAGCGUUAUCAUACCCAACUCAGCGGCAUCUGCUGUUUAUGAUAUGAAGCUAAGGGAACUGGAACAAAGUAACAAAGAUUUACAGACGAAGUUACUCAAACUUGAGAAUGAGUUCCAGCUGCUUACUGCAACCCUGAAUUCUAUGAAAACUGCAUCAAGCUGCUCAGGUUCUUCGCAAACCCCAUCUCAGUUUCCUCCUAAUCUGCAGGCGGUACCCAUCAGGAAUGAAUCAAGAAGCUUUCAGUCAUCUAAUAGCCUGCAACUAGCUGGACAGCAAAAGUCCCAGCGACCAAUCCGCAGCAUAGAGCGCCAAUCAGUGCCUAAUCCUGUGAGAGUAUCAGACUGCUCAAGUAAUAAUCCUGUAUUAAUCGGCACAGGUGCUGAUAGAGGUCUUUUUUCUGCAGGUGAGAGACGCCAGUGGCUAUAUCUGGGUCGAUGUGAUCCGAGUACCACUGAGGAACAGAUCUCUAACUAUUUGAAGAAUCAGCUCUUAAAAUUGGGGUUAAAGAAUCACUUUUGAAGGGCCUGCUGGAUCCUAACCUCUGGCCAGUAGGCAUUGCUGUCAAGGAGUUUCAUCCUCGUCGUAUGGGGGCAAAACCGUCCAAUGCAAAUUUUCAGAGAGGAGACAGAGAGGACCAGUCUCGUUAGAUUGUGCUACCUUUCUCUACCAAAAUGUAAGAGGCUUAAAAACCAAACUCAAAGAUGCUUUCUGUGCGGCUCGCGCCGAGUCUUUCUCAGUUAUUGCACUUACGGAAACCUGGCUAGACUGUAGUAUCUGUGAUGCCGAAUUUCUUGACUCGCGUUACACGGUUUAUCGCUCUGAUAGAAGCAGUCUCAACAGUACUAAAAGCCGUGGAGUUGGGGUCCUUCUGGCAGUAAAUAAUUGCCUAAAAUCUCAUCGCCUGUCAAUUGGUGAAGCAUCGGUGGAGGAAACGUGGGUGUCUGUGACGCUGGGUGACAUGGUCUUCUGUAUUGGCUGUGUCUACAUUCCACCUACCAUGGAUGUGUUCCAUUAUGAAAACCAUUUGAAAUCAGUUGCUAGUGCCUGUGAAAUGUUUGAUAAUGUGCUUGUUCUUGGUGAUUAUAAUCUUUCCCAAAUAACGUGGUCCACUAGUGAGGAUCUCGAGGAGGAUCUCUUGGGUUUAUUACCUGGAAAUGUAAGGACAACUAAGGAAAUAUUGUUAUGCGAUAGUACUGCUUCUCUCAAUCUGUCUCAAUACAAUGGGGUGGCUAACGAUCAUGGUUCAAUACUGGAUCUAUCCUUUGCCAACUUUGGGCCUAUUUCACUUGUAACAUCUGACGGUCUGGUGGGCUGUGAUCGUUAUCACCCAGCUCUAGAGUUUUCAAUACAAAUUUCUGAAGCCUCUUAAUUAUUUUUCUUAUGACUUUAAAAAUGCCAAUUUUGAUUUAGUUAAUGAAUAUUUUCUUUCCUUUGAUUGGCGAUCCAUUAUGAUGGAGGAUCUAAACGAAACUGUUAAGAGCUUUUACUCGGUACUGUUCGACUGCUUUAAUAUGUUUGUUCCUAUAAAGGCACAUUCUUACAGCGACAAGUUUCCUAUUUGGUUCUCUAAAGAAUUGAAAAUUCUGAUUUUUCAAAAGAAAAUUGCUCACAAACGUUUCAAGCGGUCGAAUAGUGGUUUGGAUUACUUUGCAUUUAGUACACUUCGGAGAGAUUGUAAAAACCUCACCAAAGAGUGUUACAAAUUAUACAUAAGUGAUACUGAAAGAGCCAUAGGCACCAAUAUGAAAAUUUUUUGGAACUUUAUUCACUCCCAAUCUAAUCAGGGUACUAUUCUUAAGAAAAUGUUUCUUGCCUCAGAAAAGGCGUCCAACGGUAAUGACAUAGCUAAUCUUUUUGCUGUCUAUUUCUCCUCCGUUUAUAACCCUCAGAGAAAUUUCGACGCUGGAACCUUUGCUGAUCGAUUUGAAAAUGUUUCAAGCAUUGUCAUAGAUCCAACCGAUAUUGAGAGGGCUUUAACGCAAUUGGACAUCAACAAGUCUGCAGGACCUGAUGGUAUUCCCAACAGAGUACUAAAAUCUUGUUCUAACACUUUGUAUCUUCCUCUAUUUAAUAUUUUCAACAAAUCAUUAUCUUCUGGAUUUUUUCCAGAAAUGUGGAAGCUCUCCUACGUUUGUCCUAUUUACAAGUCAGACAGCAAAAAUGAUGUAACAAAAUUAUUUGAGUAGUGCGUGGAAGAAAUUCUCUCAAAAAUAUUUCAUCAGAUUGUGAUCAGUCAACAGCACGGUUUUACAGCCGGUAGAUCCAUUGAGACGAACCUGUUUCUCUUUACAACAUUUAUAAAUUCAUCAUUUGCUAAUAAUGCAGAAACUCAUGCAAUAUAUACUGACUUCAGUAAAGCCUUUGAUAAGGUAAAUCACAACAUCCUUCUCUCAAAGCUUUCAAGUUUCGGCGUUUCUGGGUCCUUAUUCUUGAAACAGGGGAGCAGCAUUCCCAGGAGAACAAGUGUUUC